AUGCGACCUCUGCCUGGCCACGACGACUCCCGCGUCGGCCGCCAGCGCCCCGCCGACCAUGACCUCGUGCCCCUCAUGAGCUCUGCGUCCAGCGCCAGGCGAAUGUCCUUCGUCCUCGCUGACGAGGCCUCUGUCGAUUCCUAUCUCGAGCAGCCCACUGUACCGAACCGCUUCAGAGACCCUCGGAAAGCCGCUGAGCAAGCCCAGAAAGACGACAAGAACCAUGCGUCGAGACAGCCUGGACGGGACCAUGCGCCUCCCUACUCACCGUCGUCGGGCGCUUCCCAUCGCACACGUAGUCCUGCCUCCAUGAGGUCAGAAGACCAAUCAUCAGUAUCGCGGCCCGUAACCCCCAUCAUGAUCGGCACCUCUUGUACUGGUUCCGCCAUGAGUAGCCCGUCCAUCGCCGGCUCCCUCUCAGAUCAUGCCGUCAGCUCCGACGAAGAACCCACGGCCAAAGGCGCCUCGAGUAUGCUGGACAGCGGGGGCAGCGCCCCCCAGCUCGUCAUGCCCAGCAUAAGGAUGCCGAGUCGACGCCCCUUCACUGAGACCGGCAAGAACAUGGGUCGCUUGAAGGUGCUUCUUGCUGGUGACUCCGGUGUUGGCAAGACCUCGCUCGUGAAAGCGAUUGUUCAGACCUGCGAGCAUAUCGUCCACGCCGACCCACUGCCCUCGCAAUCCGAGGUCAGCAGACGUCCAUCGAGAUCGCACGAUGACUUGUUCUCAUCGAGGAGAGCUUCCACAUCCACGAGUGCCGUCUCCGAGAUCUACGCCAGCACCAAACCCUAUCCCGAGUGGUGGACAGAGUUGGAUGAGUUCCGCGCCUCCCGACGGCGGAAGAGUCUGGGUGAUAGCGUCCUGGAACGCAAUAUCUGUUUCGUAGAUACACCGGGCUACGGUACGGGAUCAUCCGCUAUGGAGAUCAUCGUGCCUUGUGUCGAGUAUGUCGAGUCUUUCAUGAACAAGGUGUCUUCAGAUUCCAUAAGCGACUCGGAUAUGUUGAAUAUGCUAGGGGGUGACGGCGGUUGUCAGGUUGACGUGGUUCUUUACCUUAUUUCAGAGAGGCUGAAACCUGCCGACCUGGAAUAUAUUCGCCGACUGGUACCGCUGACGAACGUCAUCCCCGUUCUGGCUCAGGCAGACGCUUUAUCACCAAAACAAGUCGCGGCCUGCAAACAAGAAAUUGCUAGUCAGCUUCGCGAAGCGAACAUUCGACCCUUCAGUUUCACGCCGUCGACACUUCUAGAGUCCGGGCCGCCCGUGCCUGUGGUCCCCUACACGGUAUCUAGUGCGAAUUGCCCAGACUACGACACGAUGGAUGCGAGUCUCCUUAUGAGCGAUGAUUAUGUGCAGCCCCUGAAGUCGACGGAGCUGACAUACCUUGUCGAGAACGUUCUCAGCCCCAAUGGAGCAUCUUGGCUUCGUCAUGCGGCGGCCAAGAAGUAUCUGCAAUGGAGACAGAGCUUUGCGCCACGACCGCGCCAUCUAUAUCGGCCACUGGGCCUGCCCGGCCCAAGGAACUCGUCUGCGCUGGCUCGACCAUCAAACGAUUUGGUAGGGCCAUGCCCAACUUCGGCGCUCGCCCGUAUUGCUGAAGCGCGGAACAACAGCCCGCCGCGAUUUCACAUGGUUGAUUGGGCAGCCGACCUCCAGCGUAGUCUGGCUGGCGAGCGGUCGCGCUACGAAGCACUUGUGCGCGGCGAGCGUGCGGUCUGGCUCACAGAGAGAUUGAAGGAGUGUGUUCAAGACGGUACUCUGGUUGCGAUGAACGGGUCAACGGAGGCGAGCCCUGGACGGACGAGGCGAGGGCGGCACGGACUUUCCCGGACAAAACAACAGCAGGAUCCUCUGGGAUUACUCGGGGUGACAGCGGAUUUGAAAGCUCGGGGUUGGGUUGCGCUGGAGGUGCUGGGCAGCAUGAGCGUGAUAGGAGGACUGGCAUUCUGGCUGUCGAGGCAACAUUGGCAGACAGAAUCUGUCAAGCCACUGGAUGAGUGGGCCAGGUUCUGGGGGAUGGAUCUCUGA